CACCCGGCGGUUCUACUGCAAGCGGCUGUUACCGCGAUAGGGAGAUAUUGGAGGGAGGGAACGGAGAACGCGAGAGCCAAAAGCCAAGCACUCCUCAGUGCUCUGCAACUAGACCAAGUACCCGGACAGGUUUUUGGGGACCAGCUCGCACGCUUGCUUUCCAGAGCAAGUAUGGAUUUGUGGAUCAACAAGAGUCUCUACAGCAGUACUGCUGUAUGGAUAGCGUUGCACAUCAACCCAGAGCACUGUCUACAGUAACAGGCACAGCAGGGGAAAUCCAGCUUGGCAGCGUGGAGGGAGGAGGUGAAGGAAAUGGCGCAUCGAGGUACACUUUCACCCCGUUGGCAAGGGGCUUCCUCUGUCCGGUCCAGGGGGGCUGAUGUACCUGAUAAGGAGAAGGAGAUUCUUGCAGACCCGGAGCGCUCGGGCCCGGUUCACGCCAUUCGGGCUCGAGCUCCAAGCAGCUACCGCUACAUCUUUCUCGCCACGCUUGAAGGGGCCUUGUCGGCUUCUUCUUUUCGUUCUUCAUGCGCCGUCGCUGUGCCGAUAUUUAGCGCCUUCCCUCUCCACAACCCCGCCGAGGAGGCGUUGCUUCCAGCAUCAGCAUCAGCUUUCGCCGUUGCUGGAGCAGUGCGUUCCGGCGCCGCGCUAGCCCUGGGGACGCCUUUCUUUCUGUUGGCAGCACGGUGCGCUAUUCUCGCCCUGAACCGCGUGAGGAUUCCAGCGGUGCAGAGGCUACAGCUACAGCAACCCAGGCUGGGAUUUCCCCUGCCCACUGGAGUGGACGAGAACGUUGCGGUGGACCUGUACGUUAUCGGCUUGUCAGCGGCGGUGUUGGGCGGGUGUGUACCGGCGCUCGAGAUGGCGGGAACCUUCUUGGGGGAUGCUCUCAAGGGAAGGUCACCUGUGUGGGUCGUUUUGGCCUUCUUGGUGUUGAUUCCAGUGACAUAUCUGGCCCUGGGCGCGUGGCUAAACCUUAGCUCGCCAGGUGAAGGGUUCAUCGCCCGCACGAGGCCCACUACAGCGAUGUGGGGGCUGUGCGCAGCGGGGCACGUUAUUCUGCUAGCCGCGUGCUUUUAUUCUCCGGACGUGUCGAGAACUUUGGGCUUUUUGCUUGGACUGGUGCACAUCGUGAGGACGCUGCUCCCCGCGUUUGCUUAUCCUGCGGGCUCGGGGUCUGCGGCGUGCGAAGAAGACGACAUGAGUGCAUCGGUGCACCUCUGAUUGUGCAGGUUUUUUUCAUUGGAAUGGUAUACUUGGUUGGUAACGCGGGAACCCUCGAGCUUGCUGGCUGAGACGUUGGGAUGACAAGAAAAUAAGCUACUAAUAGAUGUAGCAUACAAUGGUUGAACUUCUUUAUUGCCGGUAGUUUGGGGAGGACACAAAAGAGCGAUACAUCGCACACGUGUCAUAUUUUCUGUUAUAUAGUAGGUCCAUGUCGUCGCUUAGUUCUUUGUGGUGCGGGUAUGGCUUAACCUGUGCAGAUGCACACCCUGUUGCGCGUAGCGGGGUCCCUUGUUGUUAUCCUUGGCUCUCACUUUGCGCAGAACUCUAUACGACCACUGGUUUACCGAGCAGUGCGCUAGACUAAUGUUGUAUGUAACGCUCUGGUGCGGUUUCUCCAAGAGUUUUUAAUGUACAAUGUAUGCUGUAUUUUUAAAUUUUGGCUAAGUAGGAUCAAGCGUAGACUAACUCUUCUCGUUCCCCACCUAUCUUGGGCAGGAGAAAGGGCCGGAGGAGGGUAAUCUGGAGGUGAAAGCAAACCACCAGCGUGUAUGGCAAACGGAUCGACGCGUUGCGUGCGGUGUUUU